CCCUUGACUACGGCAUCAUAAAUCAAGAGUUGAAAAAUAAGCCAAGUCGCCAUCAUGUUCGAGUAUCUGCCCGCCCGAAGGUCACAAACUGUCGAAUCAUUCAGCAGUACUACUGCAGACUCUGAUUCUAUAUCCCAGGUUCGGGUUCCCAAUCCGUAUGACUGGCUAGAAGACAUCAGUAGUGAUGAAACUCGCGAAUUUGUUGCCGCCCAGAAUGCAGCCUUGGAUCGCUACCUCUCCACCGACACCUCAGGCUCAUCAGCCAAGAACAGUUUCAUGACUCUUCUUCAGUCGCUAGUACAGGGAGAGGUAGUCAACCAGGCCCCUCAGUCCGCUGGGAAGUAUUAUCUGCUACGAGUGUCUGGUUGUGGUCGUGCAUUUCCCGUCACUGUUAAGAUAUGGAAGCAAGACCUGCAGACAUUUCUACAGUUCCCAGGUUCAACCAACAACAGUUUUUCUCCACACAAGCCACCCCAGGUGUUUCAUGACGAGAGUGAUGAAGGUGGCACUCUACUCUCGUCUGGCGUCAGCAAAGGCGGCAAAUACUGGGCAUACUCUACUAGCGUCAAAGGUUCCGACUGGGGAGUGAUUCGUGUAAAGGAAAUCGAAACAGGUCGAGUGUUUCCAGAUGAGAUCUGCGAUACCAAAUUCAACAACAUCACUAAACCAAUAUCCUGGUGGGGGGAUCUUGGCUUCUUUUAUCAAUUCUGGCAGUCGUGUGCCGAACAUAACGCAAGACCCCAGCUACGAUAUCAUGCUCUUGGAACAUCUCAGGCAGAUGAUAGGGUCAUACAUGAGGACAAUGCCCAUCCAGGUUAUUGCUUCUGGUUGCAAGUUUCCGACGAUGAGAGAUUUGCGUUCUUGAGCAUAUACAGCGCUGGACAGACAUGCCAAAUUCGAGCUGCCCGAAUAAGCAAUCUCGGUGAUCAGCCCAAGCUUGACUUCAAUACUGAAGUGUGCGAUAAUUUCGAUUAUAAAUGGGAAUAUAUCGGACGAAUUUCACGAGAGGGACAACAACUUUAUGUCUUCUACACAGACAGGAAUAACGGCGAAAUUGUCGGCUUGUCACUCGGUAGCAUUUCACCAUCACACGUGUUGCUUGUCGAGGGCAUUGAUGCUCAGACUUUAAAAUUGGCUCAAGCGAUUGGAGAUGACCGUAUUCUUCUUAUUCGUUCGGUAGAUGUUCGUGAUAGGCUCCAGCUCCUGUCUAUUGCGGACGGGAAAGUUACAGCGAUGGACUCUCCGAUUGACACGGUCUUCCAUGUGGGUUACGAUUCUGCGAGCCAAGACAUUUUCAUCAUUGAAUCAUCUUUUUCCCGGCCAUUAUCUCUAUGGCAUAUCGACGGAAAAGGGCUUGGUAUAUCCCGCGCCCAUUCCGUUGUAACCCGGCCGGUUAAGUUAUAUCCAGAGCUUAAUUCCGAUGCUUCUGGUGUGUCUAACAAGCAAGUCUUCUAUUCCUCAGCAGAUGGUACCAAAAUCCCCAUGUUUCUGGUCUCGGAUGACCUCCAUCCGAUCUCGGCAGAUACACCAGUCCUGCUUUACGUGUACGGCGGCUUUGGUAUCUCAGUAAUUCCCCAUUUUCGUCCCGACUUCUUGGUCUUUAUCAAGGCCUUUCGAGGAAUUGUGGCCUUUGCGAAUAUUCGAGGCGGUGGCGAAUAUGGCCGAUCCUGGUACUUGGCAGCUUGUAAAGAAAGGCGGCAAAGAGUUCUGGACGAUAUCCAUGGCGCGCUGAAGUAUCUGACGGAUACACUGGGUGUAAAGAGGAAGCCUGUCCUCAUGGGCGAAAGUAUGGGCGCUCUGAAUUCCAUGAGCGCAGUCGUUCAGCAUCCCGACCUUGUGUCAGCGGCCAUUUUGAACGCCGGGCCGUUUGACGUCCUACAUCGGGGAAAGUCAGGGUUGGGUAUGAGGGGAUUAGAAGAUAUCGGUGAUGAGAAGGUUCCUAAUGAGUUCGCUGCAAUCUUCAAAUGGAGUCCUUUGGAGAACGCGCGAGUGGGUCAUCAAUACCCACCAGCGCUAUUCACCGCCGGUGAUCAAGACGACCUGGUGAGGUACAGCAAUAGCUGCAAGAUGGUCGCCACCCUACAGCAUGUGCAAAGAAAGCUUGAGGGGAAUUCCGCAAUCUACCUUCGAAUCUGCGAGAAUCUUGGACAUGGUGGUGCCAUUUCAACAGUAAAGGCCGCGAGCAUCAGUGUGGAACGUUGGCUGUGGUUAAAGACAACACUGGGAUUGAAAAUUUACGAUGAAUGAUAAUCACCCGGCUGGGGCGAGAAAUUUCGACGUCAUCUUGAAGGAUUCACACCUGUGCGUUUAAUUCUAG